GAGCAAAAACGAAACUUAAAUUCACAGAACGCCAUCUUAAGCUUCCAUAAACAACGUACAUAGCAGGGCACUGUUGAGGGGUCGAGAGGCCAACCAAAAUGUAUUCUUAAUCCUUUUUUUUAAAACAAUUGAAACGUUAGAUUAUUCAUUUUGGGUGAAAUGGAGAAAGACACCGACUCAUUUUGACACAGCUUUGGAGUUUUAUUUCUUAAAUAUAUAUAUAUAUAUAUAUACAUAUAGAGAGUGAGAGAGAGAGAGAGAGAGAGAGAGAGAGAGGGAGGGAGGGGGGGGCCUACAGGUAUAAUGAGAUGGCGAGUGUCUGGUUUUAAAUACAGUAACGCAGAAUGGACAGGUUAAUUGUAAAAAAAAAAAAAAAAAAAGCCUGUCGUACGAGCAACAUUAUUAAUUCAAUCAAAAUAUAGAUUUGACAGAUACAAAGUACCGGGUUAUCUUUACACGACGCGGGAUAUUGAGGAACUGCUAUCCGGGGCUUGAAUCGUCACUGUAGACUUUGGAAUACUGUGACCUUCGUAUUUUUUAUUUUUUUUGUCACCGUGAAAGAAUGCUGGAUUAAUAGUACAACACAACGUUUGAGAUGACGGUGAGGAUUUACAAUCACUCAGAGGAAAUACUCCAGACAAGUUUUUGUUUUGAAAUGGAUCCUUCGACCUUGCCUUGUUGAGGCUGAAGUGCCUUGAUUAACUACAUCCUGCCUGCCUGCCUCCCAGCCUCUCUCCCUCCCUCCCAGCCUCCACGAUGUUUGGCUGUUUAUCCAUUCGCCUCUGCCUGUUUUGGAUUCUGCUUGUAACUGAGGCAGCUCCUGGGCAGAUUUUUCCGUACGUUCCAGAAAAUGGCCAUUGUACAGAUUCAAGAACAGAAUAUCUCUCUGGUGGGGUGUGCUGCCGGAAGUGUGCGCCAGGUCAGUUUGCACUUCACAAAUGCACAACCACAUCUGAUACUGAUUGUAGCAGCUGUCCGGAGAACACUUUCACUGAACUCUAUAACUACGAACCCAACUGCAGGCUGUGCAGACCUUGUGAGGCUGGUCUGGUUUUGUCUUCCCCUUGCACCAAGACCAGGAAGAGUGUCUGUGUUUGUCCUAAAAACAGCAUCUGUAUCGGAGAGUUCUGUGAGUUCUGUGAAGAUCACAAUCCAUGCCAGCCUGGCACCUACACAUCACGAAAAGGAGAUUUGACGCGGCACCCCCAGUGUUCCUCCUGCCCCACUGGCACCUUCAAUGACCUACCCUCCAUCACAGCGCGCUGUUCCCGGCACAGCAACUGUACAGAAUUGGGGAAGGUGCAGGCAAAAUCAGGGACGCCCAAAUCAGACGCUGUGUGCAAGGACCCCAAGGUUGACAUGGAUACAGGCUGGCUGGGGUUCUUGAUUCUCCUGGCAGUCCUGGCCUUGCUGGUCAUUGUUGGAGCCAUCGCUGGCGCCCUCUGCUGUUUGAGAAGGAAACAGCAGCACAAAGAUAAAGACCACACCCCAGACUCAGGCAGGGACUCAGAGCAGUCCAGUUUACUGUCUCCAAGUGGAAGCGUAAUCUCCUCGACCUCCAGCAUCCCACAGUUCCCUGCUCCCUCCGCAGGCUCCCCCCCUCCCCUCAUCGCCGUGCCUCAUUCGCUGACUGCUCUGCAGGGGGCAGAGCAUGAGGCACACAGCAGGGCUUCCAUUGGUCUACAGUGCGGCAGGGAGGCGGGUCAACAAGAGAGGCUGUGUCAGCUUCCCUUCAUUGGAGAGAUGAAGGUCAGUGGAAAUGUCUACAUUUACAAUGGUCCCGUCGUGAACCAGGCUUCUCCCAGCUCAGACCAGCGCAGGGACCCCAGUUCCUCUCCUCCAGUCUCCCACUUCAGGCUCCCAGUGCCGGAGGAGCGGUCUGCAAUACCAGUGCAGGAGCAGCAGGGCACUCCACUGCAGGAGUCAGGGAAGGAGUCUCACAUCACCAUCGAGGAGACGAACUUGUACUAAUAGACAGAUCACUGAGCUAUCCCUGCCCCGUCUCGCUGUGUUCAUGGGUCUGCAGCUGGUUCAGUGCAGCUGCUGUCACCGAGAUCCCUCAUCUUUCCCGUGUUUGUUGCCAAGUAGUUGCACGCACAGCUCAUGUAGGUCUGGGAGUGAAUCAGAGUGAGGCAUCACCUGACCACAUAUAGGCACAUGCAGUUCAUUUGAAUGCGCUCCUUUUUUUUGGCCAGUUUGUUGAACGUGUUUGAAGCAUUAUUGAUCUCUAAAAAAAAAAAACACUUCUUUGAGAAACUCGCACAUUAGCCUUGCGGCAUCCAGACCUGGUUUUCAGUUCAAAACCUUCAUCUAGCGAGUCUGACAGGCUUGAAAUCAGGUUCCUUCAUUUCCAUCAGCAGCAGAUAUAACAUCAAACAGAUUUCAAUUGAGACUGUCUGCCUGUCUGUCAGCCCCAGUCAGGAUUUCAGGCUGGCAGAAAUUCAUCUCUCCACACUGAUGGUGGAAGUGUCUUAAUGCUAGAGAGAGGCUGGGUUUAAAUCCUGGACUGCAAAAAAAAAAAGUAGGCUGAGAAUAUAUGAUACUGUUCGGGAAAUAUUGGCGGCUGUUGAAUGAAUGUAUAAAUUGCAAUUCUACAGAAGCAAGAUCCAUACAGGAUGGAAAUAAGACUAUCAUUGCAUAGCUGUUUGAUCCAUUCCUGGUUUUACUAUGAGUUUAUUAAGAUACACUUGCGCAUGUUAGCUCUACACUGGGGCUUAUCAAGCUCGGAGUAAAACCUGGAAUGGGUGAAACAGCUAUGCAGUAGGAGUCUUAUUUCCAUGCCUGGACUUUUGUAUAGUGUGUCCGGUUGCAGACUGCAGAAGGACCCAGCGGUAGGCAGCCCCAGUUCGAUACUGUGAAUGAGAGGAGAUUGAGUUUUACAGACUGGAGUUUGUGAUUCAUUCUUAAAUAUAAGCCCCCUUCAGAGGUUCAGUUUUCUAAUCCAGCAUUGUUGUACUGUAUCAAGGCUGUAAAACUACAUUCAAUACGGUAAACGUUUGAACACCAGACACAAGGCUUGACUUAGUAUUUAUAGUCAUCUACUUUUAUAUUUAUUUCAAAUUUUACAUAUGUUUUUACACAAGAUAUUCAAUUACAGUACACAAUGCAUCAAGAUGUCAGAAAAAGCUUUUGAGGAAUAAACCAACAAUGACUGCAAGAAACACAAGAUGAUCUGUUAAACGCUAAGGAAAAUAGUGCUGUGUUUAGUGUGUGUAUUUCCUUUACCGUUAAAACCUUUACAGACUUAAUUGUGUUUGUGUGUAUACACAUGUAUAUAAGUAUAUUAAGAAGAUCGGGACGCAUUUCGAAAUACAGGUACAGUAACUUACACUGUAGCCAUGCUGCACUUGCACUGUUCGUAAAUUAUUUAAUAUACAGCUAUGGCCAAACGUUUUGCAUCACCUUAUAAAAUUAAGUAAUUUUGCUUCAUAAAGUCGAAUGAAACCUGUUGAAUAACAUUACGUUAACAUAUUGAAUUACAUACCACUUUGUAGUUUUCCAAAUACUUAACGAAAAACUGACAACAAUUGAAUACUGUGAGAUUUUGAAGUCUAAUAUGAAAUACUGUACUACUAUUAUGGCUUCCAGUAGACUUUUGCAAUAUCAUUUUGUAGUUUCUUAGAUUACAUGAUGUUUAAUAAAAGAUCUAAAUGAC